GUGCAAGCACGACGAGGGUUUGGUGCUCGUCAAGGUUUACUUCAAGCGCGGUGAUUCCGUCAUCGAUCUUAGGGAAUAUGAGCGUAGACUCUCUCACAUCAAGGACGUCUUCCAAUCCAUCGAACAUCCUCACGUUUGGCCGUUUCAGUUUUGGCAAGAAACAGAUAAAGCAGCAUACCUCUUGAGGCAAUAUUUCUUCCAUAAUCUGCAUGAUCGGCUAAGCACUCGGCCUUUUCUCAGUUUUGUUGAGAAGAAAUGGUUGGCUUUUCAGGGGAUAUUAAGUGUGAGAAUGUGCUGAUUACAUCCUCGAAUUGGUUGUACCUUGCGGACUUUGCAUCUUUCAAACCUACUUACAUUCCAUAUGAUGACCCAUCGGAUUUUUCUUUUUUCUUUGACACUGGUGGAAGAAGACUCUGUUAUCUAGCACCCGAGCGAUUUUACGAACAUGGAGGGGAGAUGCAGGUUGCACAAGAUUCCCCUUUAAAGCCUUCUAUGGAUAUAUUUGCUGUCGGCUGUGUUAUUGCAGAACUUUUCCUUGAGGGGCAACCGCUGUUUGAACUGUCUCAACUUCUGGCUUAUCGUAGAGGGCAAUUUGAUCCAAGUCAGCAUCUUGAAAAAAUACCAGACCUUGGAAUCCGUAAGAUGAUACUACACAUGAUUCAGAUAGAGCCAGAGUCUAGACUUUCUGCUGAAGGAUAUCUAAAGGAAUAUGCUGCAGUUGUAUUCCCAACCUAUUUUUCACCAUUUCUGCAUGAUUUUUACCGCUGCUGGAGCCCUCUCCAUUCUGAUAUGAGGGUUUUAUUAUGCCAAAGUGCUUUCCAGGAGAUACUUAAACAAAUGAUGAACAACAAUUCAUCCAGUGAUGUAAAAGUUACUUCUGGUGAACUUUUGGAAGAGAUGGUUGCAAAAGAAAGUGUGAGUUUCAUGAAGGACUCACUGAUUAGGAGAGAGGACAUAGGCAAAGGCUUACUUCAUGAUCAUUAUAGUGGCAUACUGAGGGAUGCUAAAAAGAAUAAUAUUCCAUCUAGCCCCCGGGAUGUGACUGGAAGUUCACCCAACUCUACCUUCCCUGAAAAUCUAAAAUAUCUGCAAUCUUCUGGUGAGCUGCUUCAGACUAUUACCAAUACGUUUCGAGGAAAUGGCCAUCCCUUUUUGAAAAAUAUUACUUUAAAUGAUUUGAAUUCUUUGAUGUCUGAGUAUGAUAAUCAAUCGGAUACAUUUGGAAUGCCUUUUCUGCAAUUACCAAAGGAUAGUAUGAGAUGUGAAGGCAUGGUUUUGAUAACAUCUUUGCUUUGCUCCUGCAUACGCAAUGUCAAGUUGCCUCACCUGAGGAGAGCAGCCAUUCUCUUGUUGAGGGCUUCCGCCUUAUAUAUUGAUGAUGAGGAUCGGUUGCAGCGUGUUGUCCCAUAUGUGAUUGCAAUGCUUUCAGAUCCAGCAGCUAUUGUGCGGUGUGCUGCUUUGGAGACUUUAUGUGACAUUCUGCCUUUAGUUCGGGAUUUCCCUCCCAGUGAUGCAAAGAUAUUUCCUGAGUAUAUUCUUCCAAUGCUUUCUAUGCUUCCUGAUGAUCCAGAGGAAAGUGUGAGAAUAUGCUAUGCCAGCAACAUUUCUAAGUUGGCAGUAACAGCUUUUGGAUUCUUUAUACAUUCAAUAAGCUUGAGUGAGGCAGGUGUUCUCGAUGAAUUGAGCUCGCUGCCAAAGCCAUCAAUAUCAUCCAGUCAGACCUCUGGAAAAGUCAAGAGGAUAAAUAGUGAUGUUCAACUUGUGCAGCUUAGGAAAUCAAUUGCAGAAGUUGUCCAAGAACUUGUAAUGGGACCAAAGCAAACACCAAAUAUUAGGAGAGCACUUCUUCGUGACAUUGGUAAACUAUGCUUUUUCUUUGGUGUGAGACAGAGUAAUGACUUUCUCUUACCUAUCCUGCCUGCCUUCUUAAAUGACCGAGAUGAGCAGUUAAGGACAGUAUUCUAUGAGAAGAUUGUUUAUGUCUGUUUUUUCGUGGGCCAAAGAAGUGUAGAAGAAUAUCUAUUGCCUUACAUUGAGCAGGCUUUAAGUGACACAACAGAAUCUGUCAUUGUUAAAGCCUUAGAUUGUCUGACUGUUCUUUGCAAAAGUGGGUUCUUCCGGAAAAGGAUACUGCUUCAAAUGAUAGAGCGUGCCUUUCCUUUAUUGUGUUACCCUAGUGCAUGGGUACGAAGAUCAGUUGUCUCUUUCAUUGCUGCUAGCAGUGAGAGCUUGGGUGCAGUAGAUUCUUAUGUUUUCCUGGCUCCUGUUAUACGGCCUUUCCUCCGUAGACAACCCACAUCUCUUGCUUCAGAGAGGGCUCUUUUGCGAUGUUUGAAACCUCCUGUUUCAAGACAGGUUUUUUAUGAAGUUUUGGAGAGCUCCAGGAGUUCAGACAUGCUAGAAAGGCAGAGGAAGAUUUGGUAUAGUUCAUCACAAUCUAAACUAUGGGAAAUGGAUCUACUUAAAAAGGGAAUUGAAGAGUUGGGCUCAUUAAAGAACUUGAUUGACAAACAAGGUACUGAGGCUCAACAAGUUGUUGACACUGCUGCCCAACGUCCAGGGCCAAAUGAUUCUGACAAAGCUGAGGCAAAAUUAAGAGAUAUGGGGGCCUUUAUCCAUAACGAUACCAAUAUGGUGGGACCUCGUGAUCCUCAAUCCAUGGAGAAGUUACAGUUUUCAGGAUUUAUGUCACCACAUUUUAGUGGUGUAAAGAGUAUGACAUAUGAAAAGCCGUCAGAAGGAAUACCUUUGUACUCCUUUAGCAUGGACAGACGGGGAAUAGGAGUCCCUCCCGCAGCAUCUGAUUCUCCACUGCAGAUGAAUUCUCUGAGUGUCAGUUCAUCUGCUAUGCCUUGGGUUAAUCCACUUAAUAAGUCCUUUAAUUUAGCUAGUUCAGUUCCAGCACCAAAGCUCUUUUCAGGUUCAUUUAGCAUCAGCAAUGGUUCUAAACAGUUUCAUCGAGUGGUACAUGAACCAGAUGGCAAGGAGAAUGAAACAGCCUAUGUUAAUAGUACAUUUCAAGAUGUGGGAUUAUCUGCUAAUAUUAAAGGCAAUUCAAAUGCACUUGAAGAUGCAACUGCCCAAACUGAUCUAUCAGGAUUUCCAUCUUUUUCUAAAACAUCUGUUCCGGAUUCUGGCUGGAGGCCUCGAGGGGUGCUGGUUGCACAUCUGCAGGAACACCGUUCAGCAGUAAAUGACAUAGCAAUUUCUGCUGAUCAUAGUUUCUUCGUGAGUGCUUCCGAUGAUUCCACAGUGAAGAUUUGGGAUUCCAAAAAGCUAGAGAAGGACAUAUCGUUCAGGUCAAGGCUAACAUAUCACUUGGAGGGAAGCCGUGCACUAUGUGCAGCAACACUUCCCAGUUCUGCGCAGGUAAUAAUCGGAGCAUCUGAUGGACUAAUUCAUAUGUUUUCUGUUGAUCAUAUUUCAAGAGGUCUAGGAAAUCUUGUUGAGAAGUAUUCUGGUAUUGCUGAUAUCACAAAGAAGGAUAUCAAGGAAGGUGCCAUAAUCUGCAUUUUGAAUUGCCCCUUGGAUAAUUACAACAUUAUGUAUAGCACCCAGAAUUGUGGCAUUCAUCUGUGGGAUACUAGGUCAAAUUCCAGUAACUGGACCCUGAAAUCUACUCCUGACGAGGGUUAUGUUUCUUCUCUGGCAUCUGGGCCGUGUGGUAAUUGGUUUGUAUCAGGGUCAUCCAGGGGUGUAAUCACUCUCUGGGAUCUGAGGUUUCUUGUGCCUGUUAACUCUUGGCAGUAUUCUCUUGCUUGCCCUAUAGAAAAGAUAUGCCUCUUUCUUCCUCCAAAUGCUUCUCCGCCUUCAACUGCUAGACCCCUUGUGUAUGUUGCUGCUGGUUGCAAUGAAGUUUCUCUUUGGAAUGCAGAGAACGGUAGCUGCCACCAGGUAUUGAGGAUGGCCAAUUAUGACGGUGAUGCAGAAAUGUCUGAUCUUCCUUGGGCCUUGGCCAGGCCUUCAAGUAAGCCUACUUCUCAAUCAGAUCCAAGACGAAAUGUUAAUCGCAAGUAUGGAGUUGAUGAGCUGAAUGAUCCUCCUCCUCGUCUUCCUGGAAUCCGUUCAUUACUUCCCUUGCCUGGGGGUGAUUUAUUGACUGGAGGCACUGAUUUAAAGAUACGUCGAUGGGAUCAUUACAGUCCUGACAGAAGUUACUGUAUCUGUGGACCAAACAUUAAAGGUGUUGGGAAUGAUGACUUUUAUGAAACAAAAUCUAGUUUUGGAGUGCAAGUUGUACAGGAGACGAAGAGACGCCCUCUUACAACCAAACUGACGACGAAGGCAAUUCUAUCUGCGGCUGCCACUGAUCCUGCCGGUUGCCAUCGUGAUUCUGUUGUUUCCCUGGCUUCUGUUAAGUUAAACCAGAGACUUUUAUUAUCAAGUGGUAGAGAUGGGGCCAUCAAAGUUUGGAAGUAAAUUACUAUAGUUCUAGUGGCAUGUUGUACAGAAGUAGUGCCAAUUUAUAGGGUAAGUAAAACUGUACAUAAGGUCUAGGAACUAACCCAUCAAAACAGUUUCCAAUUUUUCAAAUACUCUUGAUAUAUACAGAAGGUUAUGAAUGAAUGGAGAAUUAGAUCAUUCUGGAAAUUAUAACAACUGAAGCUUGUUCAAAGCA